UCCUUGCUGGACUGGCAUUAUGAAUAGCGGCUCUGGAGCAGAGAAUAUGGAAGGGAGCAUACGCUCUUGGGGCCUGUCCACUCUUCGCUCUUUAGGCCGUAGCAGACACAGUAUCCAUUCUGUGGGAGCUGACUCUGGUAUCGAUAGUGACUACACUCACGUUUCUUCGGGAUCUAACGGCGGGACGGUCUAUCCCUCUCUCUGGAUCAAGAUAAAGUACCCCAUUGAGGCUGACGAUGCUGCCAGGAGCGGCAUGCUGACCUCUUGCGACUUUGACGAGGUACUAGAAAGACUACAGCAGGCAUUCCCAACUUGGGAGAUUCACUUCGAUGCCAAACGCAUGACACAUUAUUCCCGUCACUCGUAUCCACUGACGUUAAAGACCGACCAACCCCAGCACAGAAUUAUAGUUAAAAUUAAAUUUAAAGCAUGGAGGCAUUCGCUAGACGUCAAGGCCAUCAAGCAAGCCGUGGAGGAAGUCAUGAACAAGACUGGAGAGUUUUUUAUAGAGAUUCAAUGCCAGAAGAUUGGUGAGCAGAAGUUGUAGUCUUUUGAAUUAAUUAGUAGUCCACUUUCAGCAUGCACCUGUCACGCAAUCCUACAUGCACCUUACACAUUCUGUACAUGAUCAAGCUCAGCUCAUUCACACACAAUGGGCAAUGAUCUUAGACAAUGAUGAUGAAUGUCUUUUCAGUCUGUGAAUAUUAUAAAUUAUUAAAUUUUUAUGUAUAAUAAUUUUUCAUUUUUUUCUGAUUACUGUCUACUUAUUUUGUACCAUACCAAAAUCUUUAAAAUUACAUUAUUUCAAUUGUGGUUGUCAAUAAAAAUAUUUUUAAAGUCAAAAA